GAUCUGUGAUUGGCUGCGCGAAAGUCACGGCGUCUGCCAUUGGUUCGUUCUCUGCGCGCGGCGCCAGCGCCGUAACCUCCUCUUCGCUGAUUGGCUGUGCGCCGCGCUCUGGCGCGAUUUCCAACGCGGGAAACUAGCGAGCGAGUUCGGGUCACCGCAGCAGCUCCUCCAGUGAGAGCGGAGCCAGACGCGUCGCGGUCCUGCACAGCGAUACUCUGGGAAUGACUGACUUCAUAACACGGCGGGAUAUUCCUCCAACUGCACGUAUUUUUAACUAAGCUUCAUUUUAACCGGACGUUAUUCGCGAUGGCUGACAGCAAGCAUCAAGUGAUAUUCUGCAACGACUCGCCGAAGAGAGUCCUGGUGUCCGUGAUCAAGACGACGCCCAGCAAGCCCCAAGCGGCGGACUCCCUGAUGCCCACCAGCCCCGGGUUCAGCGACUUCAUGGUGUACCCGUGGCGCUGGGGCGAAAACGCGCACAACGUGACUCUGAGCCCCGGCUCUGGCAGCGCGACCGCCUCGCCGACCCGAACCCGCGGCUCUCCCGCCGAAUCCGACGAGCUCCUCAAGGAUGGCAUUCGACGCGGACGCCCGCGGGCAGACACCGUCCGAGAGCUGAUCAACGAGGGCGAGAACUCCACGAGCCACAUCCGCUGCAACAUCUGCAACCGCGUCUUUCCCCGCGAGAAAUCUCUCCAGGCGCACAAGCGCACGCACACGGGUGAAAGACCGUACCUGUGCGAUUAUCCGGACUGCGGGAAAGCCUUCGUCCAGAGCGGACAGCUGAAGACCCAUCAGCGCCUGCACACCGGAGAAAAACCCUUCGUCUGUUCGGAGAAAGGUUGCAGUAGCCGAUUCACGCACGCUAACCGUCACUGUCCCAAACACCCAUACGCUCGGCUGAAGCGCGAGGAGCCCGCGGGUGGCCCCGGGAAAUCACAGGGAGCCGAUGACAAGGCUGUGGCCGAAUGGCUGGCGAAAUACUGGCAGAUGAGGGAGCAGCGGACGCCCGCGCCGACUAAAGCAAAGACUCUGAGUAAGACCACUAUAGAGGACCAGGAGCAGCAGGACCCUCUGGACUUCCUGCAGUCUGAUGAAGGUGAAGAAGAGGAGCAGGACGAAGAGAAGAGCGGCGGCAGGCGUCUUCGAGAGCAGCGCGAGCGUCUUCACGGCGCACUAGCGCUCAUCGAGCUGGCUAACAAUCUCUCCGCAUGAGAUACGCCAGCGACUUCCCUCGCCUCUGAGACCCUCCUGGGUUCAUAUAAGCUACAAGCACCUUAUUUUGCUUCCUGUUGUACCUUUAGGCUGCUAUGAUGGUAGUGAUAUCAUUAUAUGGAGAAUGUUGUCGUUUUCUCAGCUUGUUAAGGAGAUGAUGAGACGUCUCGUGUUCGUUUCAUCGUGCACUUUUGUUGGAAAGAGUGUUUGUUUGAUUCUUUGGGGUUUGUGUGCGAGAGCGGAUUUCUGUGUGUGUGUGAGAGAGAGAGAGUGUGUGUGUGUUUGUUUUUGAAAGACCGACCUGCUAAAGAUGAAGACUUACUGACGGCAGAUGGCAUAGCGCUUUUAUACAUUAGUCCGGUUCGCUUCGUACGCCGUCGUGCAUGACAUUGGUCAUGUUUAAUCAUGUAUUUAUUCUCUAUUUAAAGCCACCGGCUCAGGCUUCGCAAUAACGUCGAGAAAACUAACCAGCUUUAAGAUGCCGCAUUGGUACACGCUUAUAAACUAGUGUAUAGAGUUGAUGGGUAAAGCGAAGAAGCACUUACGAUAUUAAUCUACGACUGUACUUCCAAAGAUCAAAAUGAGAUUCUGGAUCCAAAAAGCACUUCGGUGUCUCCGCGAUCCGUAACACUACGUUUUUCUGUUCAUGUGCUUCAUUCGGUGGUUCGUUCGGAUGCAGAUUUCAUGGAUUCGUUUGGAAACUGAAAGAUGCUUGUCAUUGGAAAUUCAUUUUAUAGCUGAAAUAAUAUAUUAUUAAUUUUUAUACCCCCCC